UCUGCGAUUUUAUAUGAAAAUGUCCUUCUUCAAAAGAUUUACUGAUAGGGUUUGCGAAAGUGAUUUAUUUGAUUUCAAUUUGAAAUACCUCUAUUACGUAGGCCUAUGGCCAAGAGAGGAUUGGCCGAAAUAUAAGCAGAUUUUGUACAAAAUAUACGAAUUCAAGUUACAUUUGCUAUCAAUAACUUUUAUUGUAAUAACUGGAAUAGGAACCUACCAGCAAAGGAAUAACGUUAUAAUGCUGAUGACCAACUUGGAUAAGACCCUCGUAGGUUAUAAUUUUGUUUUAAAAAUAUUUUUCUUUGUUAUGAAAAGGGAGAAAUUGAAUGUACUGAUAAAUGAAAUAAAGAAUUCUGGAGAUAAAGUUAGCGAUGACAGAAAAACAUUAAUGGCGAUUCACGUGAUUUUUAUAACUUUCAUAUCGACGGCACUGGUCUCAGCGUUUAGUUUGUUGAGUCAAUACAAAGCUGAGAUGACUGUUGAGGCUUGGAUGCCCUUCGACCCUUUCAAAGACAGGAUGUCUUUGUUAAUGGCGGCACAGAUUCUAGCAAUCUGCUUUGUGGUCCCUUGUCUGUAUAGAGCUUUCGCGAUGCAAGGGAUAGUAUGCAGCAUUAUUAUGUAUUUUUGUGAUCAACUAUUACAUCUUCAGGGGAAUUUAAAAAAACUGGGAAAUACAAAACAUAACGAGAUGCAAGCUCGGAAAGAGUUUAAAGGUAUUGUUAAGAAGCAUGUCCGUUUAAUGAGGUACACCAAAACGUUUACAGAAAUCUUCAAAGAAUUCUUUCUGAUUCAAAAUUUGGCUGUUACAAUAGAGCUGUGCCUAAAUGCGCUAAUGGUUACAGUUGUCGGUUUGGACGAAAAAACUCUAUUAGCUAGUUUUUUAACAUUCCUUGGUCUUGCUUUAUUCAAUGCUUACAUAUUUUGUUACCUGGGCGAUGAAUUAAUUAUUCUGAGUACAGGUAUAGCUCAGGCCGCGUAUGAGUCUGAAUGGACAUCUUGGCCUAUAGACAUGCAAAAAGACCUCUUGAUUAUCAUCAAAGUAGCACAAAGACCGCUCAAGUUAAGCGCUGGAGGCAUGGCAAUUAUGUGCAUUCAGACAUACAGUCAGGCUCUUUAUAACGCAUAUUCGAUAUUCGCAGUUUUAAACGAUGUCGUCGAUUAGGAAAACUACAAACAGAUUUAUUAACUUGACAUAUCUUUUUUUUUUUAUUUAACGGCCUUAGAUUUUAUUCACAAUAACUAAUCAGCUUGUAAUUAUUUCGGAACAUGAAUGUAAACGGUUAAAGUUUUUGGUAGUCGUUUAAUAAUUCACGUUUUUUAAUAUCUUGUUUUUUAAUCACGAAAACGCCGUCAUAACUCGUAAGCGCGCAUUGUGAGUCUAACUA